AUGGACCAGGUGAUGACAUUCGUGGAGCCAGGCAGGCAGUUCGCCAAGGAUUCCAUCCGGCUCGUGAAACGCUGCACAAAGCCUGACCGCAAGGAGUUUCAGAAGAUCGCAAUAGCAACGGCAAUUGGCUUUGCCAUAAUGGGCUUCAUCGGCUUCUUCGUGAAACUCAUCCAUAUUCCCAUCAACAACAUCAUUGUUGGCAGUUAAGAUCAACUGGAGUUCUACUUUGAAAGAGAUGCUGUCACUUCUGGAGUUAACUUUAUAUCGUCAACAGUGAAAUGCCAUAAUGUUGAAAAAUGUGUCCAAUGUUUUACCAGCCGUUUUUGACAUUCAGUUUUGUCUUGACUUAUGAAUAAAGCCCAUGUGAGUGA